AUGUUUUACCGUCAAGUUUUCAACACUAGCCGGCGCUUCGUUUGUGUGAGCCCAAGAAUCAAGAUGCCUAUCCGAAUGUUUAACGAUGCUGCUCUGAACCCUCUCCCUACGGAAGCGGUAGACAACCGACGGAACACGACUUAUGCGACGAGAACGAUCGAUGCAAACUUCAUACCGCGCCCGCGACAGUCGGAGAAACAGAUCCUCUGGAUAGGUUGCUCGGAUAGCGACUGCAAAGAAACGACGAUCCUGAACUUCCUCCCUGACGAGAUGCUUGAGCAUCGGAAUCUGGGCAACAUGAUUAUUGAUGGAGACCUAUCCUGCGAGACUUCGGUAAAACAUGCAGUUGUUGACCUUCAGGUCAAGCACAUCGUCGUGUGUGGCCAUUAUGGAUGCGGUAUUGUGAAAGCAUCAUCGAGAAAUGGCUUGCCAGGCCCGUGGUCGAGCAAGCUCGAUUCCCUCCACGCGAAACACCGUCACGAUAUCGACCGACUACCCAUGAUCGAACGAGACAGCGCCUUCGUCGAAUUGAAUAUACUGGAGCAGUUGCGCUCUUUGCGGAAUAUCUCGGAAGUGGCCGAUGCGACGAGGCGAGGACAUUUGGAUUUACAUGGAAUCGUGUAUGAUCCGACGAUUGGGAGGGCGCUUUCAUUGAACGAAGCUGCAGAGGAACCAUGA